AAUGUUUAUUAGUGAAACGUCAAAGUAGUGUUAAACAUGACUUAAAUUAGACGAGUGUGCGAAAUCCCAAAGUAAAUAAAUUGUGCCAUGUAUUUGACGAGGGGCCGCAUCAAACUAAAGUGCUAAUCUUUACUCUAAAAUGACUAUACAUACAAAAAUCGCAAUAUCGAAAGUGUACAACUACACCCACAAUACUUCUUUAUACAAAAAUUUCUUUUUUCUUGUGUUUAUUGUACUGAUUGUAACUACGUUCACCGUUUUACCGAGACUACGUAUCAAUAUUGGUGAUGAGUCUUCAAACUUCAAGAAAAUCACUUUGGUAAACAUCAGAAACUUGCCCGAAUUUAGAUUGGUAGGGGAUAGUGCCUCGCCGAGAAACCCAGAAUGCACCCAUUGGGACUGCUUCAAUAUUUACAAAUGUGGGCGCACGGGUCAUGACAGGAUAGCCGUUUACGUUUACCCGCCGAAAAAAUACGUAGAUGAACAGGGAGUCCCUGCAACUGAACUCAUGUCGAAGGAAUAUUUAGCUUUACUCCAGGCUGUGGUCAAUUCCAAAUACUACACUGCUAACCCGCACGAAGCGUGCAUUUUCAUUCCAUCCAUUGAUACCUUGAACCAGGAAAGACUCAGGCCAAACCUCACCUCAAAGGCUUUAAGAAGCUUGCCUUUCUGGAAUGAUGGAGAAAAUCAUCUCAUUUUCAAUAUGAUAGCAGGAAAUGCUCCUGAUUUUUCCCCAGUUGUCGACUUAGCCACUGGAAAGGCUCUGAUAGCUGGAGCUGACUUCAAUAAAUACUCAUUUAGGACGAAUUUUGAUGUCUCGAUACCGUUAUUUAGUCCAAUCGCUAGACCUGGGGAUAUUAACCAUCGUCGAAGGUCGUGGUUGGUGACGUCUUCGCAACUCAACCUCGACGUCAACUACUUGGGAGUUCUCCAGAAGCUAUCAUCGCGCCACAACUCGCUUUUAAUCCUCGACGCCUGCCAUAGACACAACUACACGAAACGUUGCAGGGAGAAUUCAAACGAAAUGGUGGAUUAUCCUGCGAUUUUACACGAAAGCACAUUUUGUCUCGUUUUUCGAGGCGAACGCAUCGGUCAAUUCGCUUUAUUGGAAGCGAUGGCCGCCAAUUGUAUCCCCGUCGUGGUAAUGGACGGGGCAGUGUUGCCAUUUAGUAAUGUGAUAGAUUGGAAACGUGCCGCCGUUUUCAUCAUGGAGAAUUAUUUACACACCUUAGUGGACGUACUCGAGAAAAUUUCUCCUCAACGUAUCAAACAGAUGCAAAAAACUGGCCGAUUCCUCUACGAUUCGUACUUCUCAAGCAUUGAGAAAAUUGCACUCACGACUUUAGAUAUUAUCCAGGAUCGGGUGUAUCCACACUGGUCGAAAAUUUACGACGAUUGGAAUCUUCGACCAGAGGAGAAAAAUACAAAUCCGCUGUUUUUGCCGUUGACGGCACCGAAAUCGCACGGUUUUACCGCGGUUAUUUUAACGUAUGAUCGAGUUGAUAGUCUUUACACUUUGAUCGAUAGGUUAUCACGAGUUCCUAGUCUUAUGAAAGUUAUCGUUGUGUGGAACAACCAAAAGAAAAGUCCGCCGCCAUUAUCUUCGUUUCCUCAAAUACAGAAGCCAGUCAAAGUCAUUCGAACAAGUGCCAAUAAAUUAUCUAAUCGAUUUUAUCCGUAUAAUGAGAUCGAAACUGAGGCCAUUUUACAUAUCGAUGAUGAUAUCGUUAUGUUGACGGCAGACGAAGUCGAGUUCGGUUAUGAGGUCUGGAGGGAGUUUCCAGAUCGGAUCGUAGGCUUUCCCAGUCGUACUCACAGGUGGGACAAUGCUACCAACAGCUGGAAAUACGAAUCGGAAUGGACCAAUGAAAUUUCGAUGGUUCUUACUGGCGCAGCUUUCCUACACAAGUAUUGGAGCUUUCUGUACACCACAGCAAUGCCAGCAAACAUUCGCGAGUUGGUAGACGAGCACAUGAAUUGUGAGGACAUUGCCAUGAAUUUUCUAGUUGCAAAUGUUACAAAUAAGCCACCGAUUAAGGUUACACCUCGCAAAAAGUUCAAAUGUCCGGAAUGUGUCAAUAAUGAAAUGCUGUCGGCCGACGAAGGUCAUAUGAUAGAGAGGUCCCAGUGUGUGGAUAGAUUCGUGAAAGCUUUCGGCCGCAUGCCUUUAAAAUCGGUCGAAUUUCGAGCAGAUCCUGUAUUAUUCAAAGAUCCAUUCCCAGAGAAGUUGAAACGCUUUAACGACAUUGGCAGCUUGUAGAUCCAUUUUUGUAGAUAAUUUGUAAAUAUUUAUGUACAGAUUGUGUAAACCAGGGUUAAAUUAAUUUUUUAUAUAAAUUUUAGAUUUUUUAUCCAUGUGUAUAUGUUGUAAAUCAGAUUAUUUUUAUUUAUGUUGUUUGUAACUUUGCUUUUAUAUGCGAAAGAUGACUUAUUGAGGGACUGACUUAGGUUAGACUCGCUGUUUUUUACUAUUAAAACUAUUAAAUUAUGUGGAAAACAA